AUGGCCCCCAAGAGCUCCAAAGUUUGUAAAAUAACCAUUUUAUUGCUAGGACCCUGCCCUCGUGGCACAUUCGCCUGUGACAAUGGUAAAUUGUGCGUGCCACAACGUCAAAUUUGUGAUAAUCGCUUGGAUUGUAAGGACCAAAGCGAUGAGCAUCCUGUGGAGUGUGGUUUGCUUUAUGGCAGUACGGAAUUGACCAAUAAAAUUGUAGGCAUACAAAUGGAGAAACACAAGCAACAAUUGAAAGGAACUGCUGGGAAAAGCAGCAACAACUCCAACACCACCAACAACAUCAACAACAGUAACAACAUCAACUACAACGGAUCUAGAGUUGGAGUUGUAGGCACGUCAACAGCAAAUGGAACUAUUACGCCAAGCAGCAAUGGUGGUAUCACUGAUACAAAUAAUAGUUAUAGCAAAAGCCAAAGUGGCAGUAGUGCAAAUAAAACGCAACCAGAUUGUGAAAUCGUAACAUAUCCGAAACAGUGUACCUGUAGAUCAAAAACAAUACUUUAUUGCGGUCAAUAUGCAAAAAUCAACAGAAUACCAAAGAUAAGCGCAGAGGUGACAAAUUUAAUGAUCAACCGAAACAAUUUAACUCUGCGUGAAAAUGCAUUUAGUAAACUUAAGCAUUUACAAAGGCUUACCUUAAAGUACAACAGCAUAUCAGUACUACCUCAAGGAACAUUUCGUGGGCUUCCACAACUGGAGCGCCUAGAUGUGCGCUACAAUAAUUUUAGCAGUUUGUCGUUUGGUGUUUUUCACGGCCUAGUGUCGCUGCAAUGGUUAUUCCUAAUAUCAAAUCGACUGGAGCAUUUUCCAUUGACACAUUUGCUGGAUAUGCCAAGACUGGAAUGGUUAAUGCUGAGCGAUAACUUACUCACAUUGCGUAAUGAUAAAUUUCCACGCAUGAAUCGCCUAUACGAGCUUUAUUUGGAUUAUAAUAGAAUUGAAUAUAUCGGAGAGACCUUUGCACAAUUGGAUAAUUUGCAUUUACUUGAUUUGAGCUGGAAUCGUAUAAGUUCUAUACAUACGGAAGCAUUUUGGGGACUUACGGAUAUCAGAGAUAUGUAA